AUGGCCAAAGACUCGAGUUCUAGACCCUCUGCACGGGCAAUUUUUGAUACCACUCUCUCCGGCGAACAGGACCGUCCCUUCAUACCCCCGCUGAAAUCUGACCCGCUCCCAUACCAUCCCCCACCGCACAGCUUAUUCGAGUUUAGGGAGCAGGAAGGACAACCGGCCAGAGAAGAGAGACUCCGGGAACUGUGGAAGAAGCUCCCGAACCGCGAACAUCAUGCGUCAUCCACAGCUAUAUCGAAUACAUCGGUGGAAGAGGGAAAGCUGACGCCGGAGAUGGCCAGAGAGAUGAAACGGGAGUACGAAGAUGAACUCUUGAGUCGAUGCGGAGGUCUCGUUUCAGACGGGUCGUCAAGGGUCAUUGCGUGGCCCGAGUUCAGGAAGUACGCGGAGGCGAAGGAAGCAGAGUUGUGGACCGUCUUCCACGAUGAGUUGGAUCUAGAUAAGAACGGACAUCUAGACACAAACGAGCUCUCCAUUGCGCUGAGAAAAGCCGGCAUAACCCUAUCCCCUUCUACUCUAGCUGAAUUCAUGACAUGCCUCACUUCUUCGCCACACUCGCAUUCCAUCAGCUUUCAAGAGUUCAGGGACUUCUUGCUCCUCCUACCACGGAAGCCAUCUACUCGGGAGAUAUAUCAAUACUACGAGUUCAAGAAGUUCUUGGGUGAUGAUGGUAGAGGGCCAGCUCGUGUUACAAUGGAGGGCGACGUUAGUCUAAGCGCCGAGGACAAACCACCGCCUCUUACCACUAUUGGCCAAGUUACGGUUACUACUCGGGAUGAGAGCGGCAAUGAGUAUGAGCAAGUCGUGAAUUUUGAGGAGGACGAAGAAUAUGAGGAUCACGAAGAACAACAUGACUGGCUUCAAGGCCAUACUGCCAUUAAGUUCCUCCUUGCUGGCGGUAUCGCCGGAGCAGUCUCUCGAUCAUGUACUGCACCUUUUGAUCGCUUGAAGAUCUUCCUCAUUACCAGGGCACCAGAAUUGGGAGGUACAGCGAUGAGUAAUAAGCCCGGAGUGGGCGGUUUGAAGUCGGUUGGAGGAGCUGUUGCGCGCAUUUAUGCCGAAGGUGGCGUCUUUGCCUUCUGGGUUGGCAACGGCUUGAAUGUCUUGAAGAUUUUCCCCGAGUCUGCGAUUAAAUUUUUAUCCUAUGAAUCCUCCAAACGAGCGUUUGCUCAGUAUUGGGAUCAUGUAGAGGACACGAGAGAUAUCAGCGGGACAAGUCGAUUUAUGUCAGGUGGGAUUGGUGGCCUCACUAGCCAGCUCAGCAUAUACCCAGUUGAAACUUUGAAGACACACAUGAUGAGCUCAGCGGGCGACCGGAAACGAAACUUAUUCGAUGCCGCUAAGCGAGUGUACCAGCUUGGAGGAACUCGAGCUUUCUACCGAGGGUUGACUAUUGGCCUCGUUGGCGUAUUCCCGUACUCAGCUAUCGAUAUGAGCACAUUUGAAGCGCUCAAGCUUGCCUACAUACGUUCAACCGGCAAAGAAGAACCUGGAGUGCUUGCGUUGCUGGCCUUCGGCAGUAUAUCGGGUAGCGUCGGCGCCACUAGCGUCUACCCCCUCAAUCUUGUGAGAACGAGAUUACAGGCAUCGGGCUCGUCAGGACAUCCCCAGCGUUAUACUGGCAUCAAAGAUGUCGUCAUCCAGACUUAUGCCCGAGACGGAUGGAGAGGCUUCUACCGUGGAUUAUUGCCCACAUUGGCCAAAGUUAUACCUUCAGUGUCAAUAUCAUAUGUGGUUUAUGAACAUAGUAAACGACGGUAA